GCAGGUUAGUCAUAGGCUCUGGGACGAGGCAAUAACAAAUUUUGCCAGGACGUCUUCCCAAUUCCUCAACUCCACUUGGACCGAACCCAUACCGCAGGGAAGCCUGUCCAAGGAAGCAUCAUACCAUGUCGUCCCAGCUUCCCGAUCCCACAGCGGACCUCGACUGGUCGGGCUUCGUCGGCCCUAUCCACGAGCGCUUCAGGGCCUCCGCCGAGGCUCACCCGGACAGGACAUGCAUCGUCGAGACCAAGACCUCCACCACCCCUGAGAGGGUCUUCACCUACCGCCAGAUCUACGAGGCGUCCAAUGCGCUCGCCCACUACCUGCACGAUGCGGGCGUCACCAACGGCGACGUGGUCAUGAUCUGGGCACACAGGUCCGUCGACCUCGUCGUGUGCAUCAUGGGGACCUUGGCAUCCGGUGCCACCAUGACCGUGCUGGACCCGGCAUACCCCCCGGCGCGUCAACAGGUCUACCUCGAGGUCUCUCAACCACGAGCGCUGAUCCGGAUCGGGCGGGCAACAGACGAGAACGGGCCCCUGGCCCCCCUCGUCCAGAGCUACAUCGACGAGUCGCUCCAGCUCAAGGCCGAAGUGCCCGAGCUCCGCCUCCGUGACGAUGGCUACCUCUUUGGAGGAGAGGUCGACGGCAAGGAUGUCUUUGAGAGCGCGAGGCAGAAGGCCUCCUCACCACCCGAUGUCCUGGUCGGGCCAGACUCGAACCCCACCCUGUCUUUCACCUCGGGGAGUGAGGGGCGCCCCAAGGGCGUGCUGGGUCGCCACUACAGUCUGACCCGGUACUAUGGCUGGAUGGCUGAGCGUUUUAACCUGUCGUCUGAGAGCAGAUUCACCAUGCUUUCUGGAAUUGCUCACGACCCCAUCCAGCGUGACAUCUUCACUCCACUGUUCCUCGGGGCACAAUUGCUUGUUCCGGCGAAGGAGGAUAUCCAGCACGAGAAGCUUGCAGAAUGGAUGAGCGAUCACAAGCCCACCGUCAGCCAUCUGACCCCAGCUAUGGGUCAGAUCCUGGUGGGCGGUGCCUCGGCCGAGUUUCCCAGCCUCCAGAAUGUCUUCUUCGUUGGCGAUGUCCUGACGACGAGAGACUGCAAGGUGCUUCGGCGACUUGCCGUCAACGCCAACAUCAUCAACAUGUACGGAACGACCGAGACGCAGCGAGCAGUCAGCUACUACGAGAUCCCGAGCGCCGCCAAGGACCCUGACUACCUCAACCAGCUCAGGGAUACCGUCCCCGCCGGAAAGGGCAUGCAGAAUGUCCAGCUCCUGGUGGUGAGCCGAGAGGACAGGACCAGGAUGUGCAAGGUGGGCGAGGUGGGCGAGAUCUACUGCCGUGCUGCAGGUCUGGCCGAGGGCUACCUGGGAGACGAGCAGAAGAAUGCUGAGAAGUUCCUCGACAACUGGUUCGUCGACAACCAGAAGUGGGUUGAGCUCGACGCACAGAACAGCAAGGAUGAGCCGUGGCGGAAAUACUACAAGGGCCCUCGGGACAGGCUCUACCGCACUGGUGACCUGGGACGGUACCUGGAGACCGGAGACGUCGAGUGCACAGGUCGUGCCGAUGACCAGGUCAAGAUCCGGGGUUUCCGAAUCGAGCUGAACGACAUCGACAGCAACUUGAGCCAGCACCAACUGAUCCGAGACUGCAAGACGCUGGUGCGGAGGGAUCGAAAUGAGGAGCCCACGCUCGUGAGCUACAUCGUCCCCGAGGCCAAGGAGUGGCAGAAGUGGCUCUCUUCUUUCAACUAUGAGGACGUCGAGGACGAGGGUGUCGAGAUGGGCACAGUGACGGUCUAUCUGAAGAAGUACCGUCGGAUGCAGACCGAGGUGCGAGACCAUCUCAAGUCUCGCCUGCCGGUCUACGCCGUGCCAACCAUCUAUAUCGUGCUCAACAAGCUCCCCCUGAACCCGAACGGAAAGGUCGACAAGCCCAACCUGCCCUUCCCUGAUGUGUCUGAACGGACAGAGGAGGCAUCGGAGGAGGACCUGAAGAACUGGGAGUCCCUGACCGAGACAGAACGCGCCGUUGCCCAGAAGUGGGCGGAGCUCGUCCGUGGUCUGAACCCCAAGACGAUCCGACGGGACCAGAGCUUCUUUGACCUCGGUGGACACAGUCUGUUGGCACAGCAGCUACUCUUGAUGACACGCAAGAACUUUGGUGUUGAUAUUUCCAUCAACAUGCUAUACGAAUACCCUACGCUCAACGGCUUCAGCAGCCAGAUUGAGAAGGUCAAGGGAGGCGCAAGCGUGGACGUUGAGGAAGGCGAGCCGGAGUACGCCAAAUCCUUCGACGAGCUGGUUGAGAUCCUGGCCGACAAGUACCAGCCGGCCGACGUUGGGGAGGCGGAAAACUUGACCGUUUUCCUCACCGGAGCCACAGGGUUCUUGGGCGCUUACCUCAUCAACGAGAUCCUCGGGCGUGCGAAGCCGAAUAUGAAGCUGAUUGCUCACGUCCGAGGUGCCAAGAACCCUGCUGCGGCAUUGGAGCGGCUGCAGCGCUCGCUCCGCGGGAACGGCGUGUGGAAAGACGAGUGGAGCUCAAGACUGAGCUGUGUCGUGGGGGACCUGUCCCAGCCACAACUGGGCAUCGACAUUCUCACAUGGAAAAGGCUGAGCAAGGAGGUUGACGUGGUCAUUCACAAUGGUGCGUCUGUGCACUGGGUCAAGCGGUAUCACGAGAUGAUGCCCCCCAAUGUGCUCUCGACCAUCGACGCCAUGAGACUGUGCAACGAGGGCAAGGCCAAGCGGUUCGCCUUCGUCAGCUCGACUGCCGUGCUGGACUCGGACCAUUACAUAAAGCUGUCUGAGGACUUGACCAGAACAGGGCAAGGGUCGGUAACCGAGGAGGACAACAUGCUAGGUUCUCGGACGGGCCUCGGCACCGGCUAUGGCCAGACCAAGUGGGUGUCGGAGCAAUUGAUUCGCGUCGCCGGCCAGCGCGGACUACAGGGAACCAUCAUCAGGCCGGGGUAUAUCCUAGGCGACGCUGAGACUGGAGUGUCUAACGUCGAUGACUUCAUGGUGAGAAUGCUCAAGGGUUGCAUCCAGCUACAGAGCCGGCCGCGCAUCAUCAACACGGUGAACGCGGUGCCGGUCAGGCACGUCGCGCGGGUGGUCGUCGCGGGCGCGCUGAACCCGAUCGCCGGCGGCGGGAUGCACGUUGCCCAGGUGACGGCGCACCCGCGGCUGCGGAUGAACGAGUACCUGUCGAUCCUGGAGUACUACGGGUACAAGGCGCCCGAGGUGUCGUACGACGCGUGGAAGGAGGACCUGGAGCGCUUCGUGUCGGCGGGCCCCAUCGAGAAGGACCAGGAGCAGCACGCGCUGAUGCCGCUGUUCCACUUCUGCAUGAACGACCUGCCCGCCAACACGCGGGCGCCCGAGCUGGACGACCGCAACACCGUCGCCGUGCUCAAGGCCGACGCCGACAGGUACACGGGCGUCGACGAGAGCAUGGGCUACGGCGUGUCGAGGGAGGACGUCGGCCGGUACCUCCGGUUCCUCUCCGAGACAAAGUACAUCAGCGCCCCGUCCGAGAGGGGCCGCCCCCUCCCGGAGAUCAAGGCCGACAUUGCCGGCGCCAAGGCCGCUGGUGGCCGCGGCGGUGCUUGAGCUGUGGUGACCACUGCCGUGUGUUUUUCAGAGGAUUAGAUAAAAGGAGCAACCAGAAUCGAACCGUCGCGCGAUUUUACACCA